AUGAAAAUAAAAUUUAGUUUAAUAUUUUUUAUAUGUUUUUUAAUUAAAAAUAUAUAUUCAAGAGAACAAACAACCCAUGGAUUACAUAUAAAAGGAAAUACAAUAUAUAACUCUGAUGAUGAAAUAAUAAUGCUUAGAGGAGUAAAUCGUCCUGGUACAGAAUAUAUGUGUGUUCAAAAUGCACAAGUUUUCGAUGGACCAUGUGAUUCAGAACAUAUUGAAUUACUUAGAAGCUGGAAAUUGAAUGCAAUUCGUGUACCAUUGAAUGAAGAUUGUUGGUUGGGUAAUCAUGGAAAUGAGGCAUUAUGGUAUGGCAAUGGAUAUAGAGAUACAAUAAAAUCAUAUGUAGAGAUGCUUUGUGAUCAUAAUUUGGCAGUAAUUUUGGAUCUUCAUUGGAGUUCAAAGAAUGGAUUACAAGCAAAAGCACAAAUUCCAAUGCCAAACAAUAUUAGUAGUGUAGAUUUUUGGAAGAGUGUUGCUAGAGAUUUUAAAGAUAAUUCACGUGUUAUCUUUGAUCUCUACAAUGAACCAUACCCAAACGACAAUGCAUACAAUGAUGACGAUGCAUGGCAAUGUUGGAAAGAUGGUACACAAUGCACCAAUCAAGAUUACGGUACAGUCGGAAUGCAACAACUCCUCGAGGCUGUUAGAUCAACUGGUGCGACCAAUAUCAUAUUGAUGAGUGGAAUUCAAUAUGCUUCUUCAUUUUUGAAAUUCUUUGAUUACAUGCCAAGAGAUACUCUAUCACCACAACAAAUUGCCGCUUCUUUACAUGCUUACGAAUUCAAUCAAUGUAAAUCCAAAGGUUGUUGGGAUAUUGAAAUUAAACCAAUUUUUGAUCAAAUUCCAAUGAUCGCUACUGAAACUGGUCAAAAGGAUUGUCAACAUGAUUUCCUUAAAGAUUUCCUCCAAUAUUGUGACGACAAUGGUGUUCAUUAUUUGGCUUGGUCUUGGUUGGUCGGUGAUUGUAAUGUCCCAUCACUCAUUGAAAAUUAUGAAGGUGAUCCAACUACAUUUGGUCAAGGUUAUAAAAAUCAUUUAGAAAGAUUGGCAAAAAACAAUGGUAGACCACUUCAAUUCUCUGAUACCUUUGAUAUCUACAAUGAUAAGAUUACCCAUUGGGCCGAUGAUUGGAGCACUUCAAAACCCGUUAUAAACUCCUCCGAGGUAAUUCCAUGUGAAGGAAAAUUUUCGAUUAAAUUUAAUCCCAUCAAAGAGAAAUCUUUACAUUUCAUGUGCUAUGGCUGUAUUCAAACAAAUGUACACAAACAAUUGGAAUUUUGGAUCCAUGGUGGUGAAAUGGGUAGCCAAGAUCUCAAUCUUCAAAUAUUACAUAAGAAACCUGAUCACACCAAUGAAGUGAAACAAACCUAUUCGGUCGAACAACUCAAUGGCAAACCAAUUGCUGCUAAUACUUGGACUAAAAUUAUUGUUCCUUUUGAUGACUCUGAUGAAGUUUUCGAUGGAUUUUGGUUAAAAGCUAAUGAAGAUCAACCAACAGUUUAUGUUGAUAAAAUCACUGUUCGUGCCAGAAAAGAACCAGCUGAUAAUGAUAAUAAUACUUCAAAAUUAAUUUUCAAUUUAUUUACUAUUAUUUUAAUUUCUAUUUUAUCAGUUUUAAUAAUUUAA